UAUGAGAUGAAGACUGAGAUGCGGAAGGGCACAAAAUUCUUCCAUUAAACCAUCAACCAUGGAUAUUAGCGGGGAACGGAUGCCUUUGGUGGAGGGAAAGAUCUCGAAGACCGUCAGGGCGUCUUACGCCCUCGGCCAUGUAUUCAACGACCUGGCAGCCGCCAUGUGGUUCUCCUACACGCUCCUCUAUCUCCAGAGAAUAGUGCUUUUCGAGCCGGUAACGGCGGGCGCGAUGCUUUUGCUGGGACAAAUCGUGGACGCCCUUAUGACACCGGUCUUCGGCGUCCUGGUAGAUCGCUACGGCAGCAAAAAAGCUUGGCACGUGUUGGGCUCAGUCUUAGUCAGCCUGAGCUUUCCCGUGAUAUUCGGGACAUUCCUGGAUGUGAGAAAUCCAUCCGCGACGUUCGUCUACGUGGCUAGUAUAUCCGUUUUUCAAACCGGAUGGGCCGCCGUCCAGAUAUCACAUCUUUCGAUGAUUCCAGCUCUCGCCAGAUCUCAGCUAGCCAGAACCGAGCUAACCGCAAUAAGGUACUCAGCCCAGGUCGGCGCAGCUGUAACAGUCUUCGUGGUUACCUGGAUAAUCCUUCCAACCCAGGGUGACUCGGUUGUCCAGGUGACGAUAAAUGACGCUUACAAAUUCCGGAACAUCGUGAUCAUCUGCACGGUGAUCGGAGUGACGGCGAGUGUCUGCUUCCACGUCUUCCUCAAGGCGAGACACCUGGAGGAUGGCUCCCUCCCGCAGAGUCUGCAGAACGACAAGAACGGCGAUCGAUCACCCCUGAGGAACUCGUCCUUGGCUGGUCGCAGGUACUGGUCAGGAACAACCCUCCUUCUGAGGGUGGCCCUCCUCUACGUCGCGAGCCGACUUUUCAUCACCCUAGCCAUGGUUUACCUGCCACUAUACAUCGAGGAGUCAGCCGUUGGGGGAAAAGAGGCUCUGGCUACCGUUCCCUUGGCUUCUUACCUCGCCUCUUUCGUCGCGGCGCUUUGCCUCAAGCACAUCAACAGGUCCUGCGGCACUAAGGCCUGUUAUCUCAUGGGAGCACUGAUCGGUAUCCUGGCCUCCCUGAUCAUAGAAUUCGCCGGAAGCAACACGGGGAUCGUUUACUUUGUGGCGAUUUUGAUAGGGGGCGGAAGUUCCAUCACCAUGGUCACGUCUCUCAGCGUGACUGCGGAGCUGAUUGGGCCACGAACGGAACGCAGUGCUCUUGUCUACUCGGUGGUGACGUUCUUGGACAAAGUGGUCACCGGGCUGGUGGUCAUACUCAUCGAGAAACUGAGAUGCCUGGACAAGGGUUUGUGCCCCAGCUACUACCGGGACACCUUGUCAGUCGUUUGUGCUGCCUCGAUGCUCCUGGGACUUCUCGCGUUAGCGUCAGUCGCGAGAUGCCUGACUUGACGAUUAAGCUUCUUACAAUUAUGCACCACCCUUAAGAGCCAGCCCUCCGCGCUAUUAUCGAAUUCAGCACCAAUUACCUGGCCAAGUCAUCCGUGUCAAAAACUUGCCGGGGAAUCAACUACUCGAAGACAAUUACACAU